CCGCGACAGCGGCAUCACAGAGCAGGGGAGGUCAUCGCGUCUCACAACCUUUGACUUCCGCUUCCGGUGCACGAGCUUCCGUCAUAACACCGACGUGCAGUUGUCCGUGGUCGUAACGUGCUCACUCCCCGCACACAAUGCCGCAGAACGAUCACAUUGAACUUCACAGAAAGCGCUAUGGGCGCAGGCUUGACUACGAGGAGAGAAAGAGAAAGAAGGAAGCAAGAAAACCUCAUGAACUAGCUAAAACAGCCAGAAAUCUCAGAGGAAUCAGAGCUAAACUUCAUAACAAAAAGAGGCAUGCUGAGAAGAUACAGAUGAAGAAAACAAUCAAGAUGCAUGAGGAGAGAAAAACAAAACAGAAGACAAAAGAUGGAGGACCAGAUUCAAAAACAGCCAAUUAUCUUCUAGACAGAGAGUCCAUAGCUCAUGCCAAAGUCUUGUCCAAUAUGAUUAAGCAGAAAAGGAAAGAGAAAGCUGGAAAGUGGGAUGUCCCAUUGCCUAAAGUGAAGGCUAUGAGCGAUGCUGAGGUUUUCAAAGUUAUAAGGACUGGAAAAUCAAAAAGAAAAGCCUGGAAAAGAGUGAUUAAUAAGGUGACAUUUGUUGGUGAGGGUUUUACACGAAACCCUGUCAAGUUUGAACGAUUUAUACGACCUAUGGCUCUUCGCUUUAAGAAAGCGAAUGUGACACACCCACAGCUGCAAGCCACAUUUUUUCUUCCCAUCAUUGGAGUGACGAAGAAUCCAACAUCCCAGUUGUACACAUCUUUGGGAGUCAUUACAAAGGGAACUAUCAUUGAAGUGAACAUAAGCGAGCUUGGUUUAGUGACACAAGCAGGCAAAGUUAUAUGGGGAAAAUAUGCACAAGUAACCAAUAACCCAGAGAAUGAUGGCGUCAUUAAUGCUGUGCUCCUUGUCUGAACCCAACUACUUGGGAGAGGCACUGGCAAAGCCAAGAUCUUUCAAAAGUCAUUUUUAAAAACAUCUAGCUGUUAUCAAUGCCGAUGAGUUUCCAUAAUUUUUAGCUUUGGAAUGAACUGGCAUUUCAAGAUUGUUUGUAUCCUGUAAAUCAUCCACACAGUUGAGUGCAGUUUCGCUUGGUGCCCACCCACAUCUAGCAGAGCAGAGGCUAGCAGUCACUGUAAUAACUAACCAAGUAAAGACGUCAUUCAUUA